CGAGAAGCGCUGCCGCCACCACCGCCGCUUCGGAGUGCCUGCUUUUGGCCAGCGGUAGGGAAGCUCCGYGCCUGCCGCCGAGGAGAAGCCGAGCCUUGGGCUCCUCCUCUUCUUCUCCCCCCUCUUGGCUCCUUCCCCAUCCCGGCUGCAACAGGAGGCUUCCGCACUCACUCGCCAGGGAGACCAGGCGGCGGGAGGGAAGGAGGCAGCGGAGACUUCUCGCCGAAAAGUUCUCCAAAGUGGCCAUGGCUCCGGCGGUGGGAGCCCCGCGGUGGCUGCUGCUGCUCUUGGCCUCCUCCUUGGCCCCUUCGGAGGCCCUCCUCGGAGCGGCCCGGGGACAAUUCUCGGCAGGAGGUUGCACAUUUGAUGAUGGCCCAGGACCCUGUGAUUACCAUCAAGACCCAUAUGAUGACUUUGACUGGGUUCACGUUAGUGCUCAGGAGCCCCAUUACCUGCCACCUGAAAUGCCUUCUGGAUCAUACAUGAUUGUUGAUGCUUCUCACCAUAGCCAUGGAGAAAAGGCUCGGCUCCAGCUUCCUACAAUGAAAGAGAAUGAUACUCACUGUAUUGAUUUCAGCUACCUUUUGUACAGCAAGAAGAGGGCAAGCCCAGGAACCCUGAACAUCUUGGUCAGAGUAAACAAGGGCCCUCUGGCAAAUCCCAUUUGGAAUGUGACAGGGUCCACUGGCAAAGACUGGCUACGGGCAGAACUGGCUGUCAGCACCUUCUGGCCAAAUGAAUACCAGGUAAUAUUUGAAGCUGAAGUCUCAGAUGGAAGAAAUGGCUACAUUGCCAUUGAUGACAUCCAGGUUCUGAGUUACCCUUGUGAUAAAUCUCCUCAUUUCUUGAGAUUGGGGGAUGUGGAGGUCAAUGCAGGCCAGAAUGCUACAUUUCAGUGCAUUGCUACAGGGAGGGAUGCAGUGAACAACAAGUUAUGGCUGCAGAGACGGAAUGGAGAAGACAUUCCAGUGGCCCAAACUAAAAAUAUAAAUCACAGACGAUUUGCUGCUACAUUUAAGCUUCAAGAAGUAACAAAAACAGACCAGGAUUUAUACCGCUGUGUUACUCAGUCUGAGAGAGGUUCUGGAGUUUCCAACUUUGCUCAACUCAUUGUUCGAGAACCUCCUCGGCCAAUAGCUCCCCCACAGUUGCUAGGAGUUGGACCAACUUAUUUGCUGAUUCAGUUGAAUGCUAAUUCCAUUAUUGGGGAUGGACCCAUUAUCCUGAAAGAAGUGGAAUAUCACAUGACAACUGGGACAUGGACAGAAACGCAUGCUGUAAAUGCACCAACUUACAAGCUCUGGCAUUUGGAUCCUGACACAGAAUACGAGAUCCGUGUUCUUUUAACCAGGCCUGGGGAAGGCGGUACUGGCCAGCCAGGCCCUCCACUUAUCACCCGAACCAAAUGUGCAGAACCAAUGAGAACGCCGAAAACCCUGAAGAUUGCUGAGAUCCAAGCCCGACGUAUUGCUGUCGAUUGGGAAUCUUUAGGUUACAAUAUCACUCGCUGCCACACUUUUAAUGUCACCAUCUGCUACCAUUACUUCCGUGGUCACAACGAAAGCAAGGCGGACUGCUUGGAUAUGGAUCCCAAAGCCCCUCAACAUGUUGUGAAUCACCUGCCUCCUUACACAAAUGUGAGCCUCAAAAUGAUCCUGACUAACCCCGAGGGAAGAAAAGAGAGUGAAGAGACAAUUAUCCAAACAGAUGAAGAUGUGCCUGGUACUGUGCCUGUAAAAUCAUUGAAGGGAACCCCAUUUGAAGACAAGAUCUUCCUGAACUGGAAAGAACCAAUGGAACCAAAUGGCAUCAUUACACAGUAUGAGGUCAGUUAUAGCAGUAUAAGAUCAUUUGAUCCUGCGGUUCCAGUGGCAGGACCAGCUCAAACCGUGUCCAAGUUGUGGAACAGUACACAUCAUGUCUUUUCCCACCUGCACCCUGGGACUACCUAUCAAUUUUAUAUAAGGGCCAGCACUGUCAAAGGGUUUGGACCAGCCACAGCCAUCAAUGUAACCACCAAUAUUUCAGCUCCGACAUUACCCGACUAUGAAGGAAUCGAUGCAUCACUCAAUGAAACUGCCACGACUAUAACUGUACUGCUGAGACCAGCACAGGCUAAAGGUGCUCCCAUCAGUGCCUAUCAAAUUGUUGUUGAAGAACUGCAUCCUCAUCGAACCAAGCGUGAAACUGGUGCAAUGGAUUGCUAUCAGAUUCCAGUCACAUAUCAGAAUGCUCUAAGUGGUGGCUCACCAUAUUAUUUUGCUGCAGAACUGCCACCUGGUAACCUUCCUGAAGCAGCUCCCUUCACAGUUGGUGACAACAGAACUUACCAAGGCUUCUGGAACCCACCUUUGGCUCCUCGGAAAGGUUAUAAUAUCUACUUCCAAGCCAUGAGUAGUGUUGAGAAGGAAACCAAGACCCAGUGUGUUCGAAUUGCUACGAAAGCAGCAGCAACAGAAGAACCAGAGGUAAUUCCUGACCCAGCCAAGCAGACAGAUCGUGUUGUGAAAAUAGCCGGAAUAAGUGCUGGAAUUUUAGUCUUCAUUCUCCUCCUCCUCCUUGUCAUAUUAAUUGUCAAAAAAAGGAGGAGCUACUAUUCUUACUCCUACUACCUCAAACUUGCAAAGAAACGUAAGGACGCAAUGGGAAACACUAGACAAGAAAUGACCCACAUGGUAAAUGCAAUGGAUAGAAGUUAUGCUGAUCAGAGCACCCUGCAUGCAGAGGAUCCCCUCUCCGUCACCUUUAUGGACUCCCACAACUUUAGCCCCAGAUAUGAAAACCACAGUGCAACAGCAGAGUCAAGUCGGCUGUUAGAUGUGCCUCGCUAUCUCUGUGAAGGAACAGAGUCCCCAUACCAGACAGGCCAACUACAUCCUGCUAUCCGAGUUGCUGACUUGCUGCAGCACAUUAACCUCAUGAAAACAUCUGACAGCUAUGGUUUUAAAGAAGAGUAUGAGAGCUUCUUUGAAGGACAGUCAGCUUCUUGGGAUGUAGCAAAAAAGGAUCAAAACAGAACAAAGAACAGAUAUGGAAACAUUAUAGCAUAUGAUCACUCCAGGGUGAUAUUACAACCUGUUGAAGAUGAUCCUUCUUCAGACUACAUCAAUGCUAAUUACAUUGACAUUUGGCUGUACAGGGAUGGUUACCAGAGACCUAGUCACUACAUUGCAACCCAAGGACCAGUCCAUGAAACAGUGUAUGAUUUCUGGAGAAUGAUAUGGCAGGAACAAUCAGCAUGCAUCGUUAUGGUGACAAAUUUAGUUGAGGUUGGGCGAGUUAAGUGCUACAAGUAUUGGCCAGAUGACACUGAAGUUUAUGGGGACUUCAAAGUUACGUGUGUGGAAGUGGAACCACUUGCAGAAUAUGUGGUCAGGACAUUCACCCUAGAACGAAAGGAGUGUGCCAAUCUGGCCUCUCUGAGAGGGAAAUUCCAGAGCCUGGGAGCAGCUACCGAGAAGGCAUUCUCCUGUGUAUCUCGAGGUUACAAUGAGAUCCGUGAAGUUAAACAAUUCCACUUUACUGGAUGGCCUGAUCAUGGGGUACCGUACAAUGCGACAGGCCUUCUGUCAUUUAUACGGCGUGUAAAACUAUCUAAUCCUCCAAGUGCUGGGCCUAUUGUUGUGCAUUGCAGGUGUGUAGAGAAGAGUGCUGGAGCAGGACGAACUGGCUGUUACAUUGUAAUUGACAUAAUGCUAGACAUGGCAGAAAGAGAAGGUGUUGUGGACAUCUACAACUGCGUCAAAGCAUUACGUUCACGCCGGAUCAAUAUGGUUCAGACAGAGGAGCAGUAUAUCUUUAUUCAUGAUGCAAUUCUGGAAGCCUGCUUAUGUGGAGAAACUGCCAUCCCUGUAUGUGAAUUCAAAGCCGCCUAUUUUGACAUGAUUAGAAUAGACUCUCAGACAAACUCUUCACAUCUGAAAGAUGAAUUUCAGACCCUGAAUUCUGUGACUCCUCGGCUUCAGGCUGAAGACUGCAGUAUAGCAUGUUUGCCAAGGAACCAUGACAAGAAUCGCUUUAUGGAUAUGUUACCACCAGACAGAUGUCUGCCUUUCUUAAUUACUAUUGAUGGUGAAAGCAGCAAUUAUAUCAAUGCUGCCCUUAUGGACAGCUACAGGCAACCUGCUGCCUUCAUUGUCACACAGCAUCCUUUGCCAAAUACUGUGAAAGAUUUUUGGAGACUGGUAUAUGACUAUGGGUGUACCUCUCUUGUGAUGUUAAAUGAAAUUGAUUUAUCACAGGGAUGUCCACAGUAUUGGCCUGAAGAAGGAAUGCUGAGAUAUGGUCCUAUUCAGGUGGAAUGCAUGUCGUGCUCAAUGGAUUGUGAUGUAAUAAACAGAAUCUUCAGGAUAUGCAAUUUAACAAGGCCUCAGGAAGGUUAUUUGAUGGUACAACAAUUUCAAUAUCUGGGAUGGGUGUCUCACAGAGAUGUGCCAGGCUCCAAACGGUCAUUCUUGAAGUUAAUUCUUCAGGUUGAAAAAUGGCAAGAAGAAUGUGAAGAAGGGGAAGGGAGAACAAUAAUUCACUGUCUGAAUGGCGGUGGACGAAGUGGAAUGUUCUGUGCCAUAGGUAUUGUAAUAGAAAUGCUGAAAAGGCAAAACGUCAUUGAUGUUUUCCAUGCAGUAAAGACUUUACGAAACAGUAAGCCAAAUAUGGUAGAAACACCGGAGCAAUAUCGUUUCUGCUAUGAUGUCGCACUGGAGUAUCUUGAAUCAUCUUAGUGGGAAAGGAUGGAUUCAAUCAAGAGAACCAAAUAAUAUGAAAUUUCAUGAACGGCAUUUUGCCAUCAGCUCUGCAACCUGUGAAGAAUGAAUUUAGUGAAGGGGAGAGUUAAUUUUUAAAUGCAAAAGUAUUUUUCUUAAUAAAUGGUGUAUCUUAAUUAUAUAUAUAAAUAUAUAAAUAAAAAACUGUUUCUAUGCCUGUAUACAGUAUGAACAUAUAGUGCCACAAAUAAAAAGAAGGGCCAAGGCAGAGUGUGCCUGCUGUUGAAGGUAGGACUUUUCAGUGUUUGUAUAUUCAGCUGUCUCUUGGUUACACUAGAGCCCCCAUCUGUUGCAUGUAUCUAUUUCAACAUUUUAUUUCCCCUUUUCUCCAUACUUUGAUAAAUGGUUAACAGUGAAACAACUGUGCAGAUUGAUCGUCUCUGUACGUUCCAUGUGUUGCAAGGGAAAAAAAAGUUAUAUAUACAUUUAUAUAUAUGGUAUGUAUGAUAACUGCUUUAUUUUUUUUAAUGUGCAAUUAUGGCCUGAUCAAAGUUCUUUAUAAAGAAAUUUACACAUAAGCCAAAGACUCAAGUGUACAUAUGUCUAUAUGAUGAAGAAAGCACAUUGUAUUUAUUGUUUACUGACAUUCCUUUUCUGAUGGAUAAAUGAAACCAUUUUUCUCAAACAUUUUUGUUGCUACUGAAAUCAAGUGUAAAUGAUUUUUGUAGAUUAUUUUUUGUAUGCUUUUGUGUAAGGAGAAUGGGGUUGGAGGGUGGGGAGACUUUUUAUGUAUAGGCCAGAAAACACUGUCAUAAUUAUUCUUGUUGUGUACAUGAUAAUGAAUUGAAUCAACCUAAAUUACUUGGUUACAGGAGACCAAACUUAAAACCAUUUUUCUCAAAGUGUACAGAUCUUUUCCAGUUUAUUAAUAUAAAUCGAAUAGGAACUGCACACAUCUAUGCUUAUGACUUGCACAAUUGCGGGAGAAACUUCAUUAUUUUUUUAAAGAAAUAGAUUAACAAUAAAUGCUUGAGACAUAAAGCAGACAAAAUAACAAGCAAGGCUUGGUUAGAAGAAUAUUCCAAGUAAACAAUCAUUUUUUGUUAAUGUAUUCAGGUUGCAGGCGCAAUCCUAGGCAGCCAUAGCAUGGGCAAGGAUGCAUGCAGCCCUCUCUCUCCCUUCAAACUCCAUACUUAAAGGUUCUUCAGCCAUCACCUGGGAGCCCGUUUUGUCUUUUAAAACUUCCUCCCAAAUUCAUCCAAGUCAUUUGGUACUGUGAAAACUGUUCGGUCACCUCCAGCAUGCAUACAUGCCCUACGAAAUGGUUGUCUAGGCUUAUGGCAAUGGAAGCUUUGUGUUUUGACAAAGCCAAAAUGGAUUGAAUCAAUUCCAUAGUUAGGCUAUAGCUUUAGUCUCAUUUUAUGUUGCUCUUCAUAUGCACAUUCAUAAGCCUGGGCAUAUUUUCUUAAUGAUGAAAUAUUUGUGUCUUGUUGAUUUUUUUGAUCAAGAGUUAAUGACAAGGUGCUUAUAAAUACCCAUGUAAAGCAAGAGUGAAUUAAAAAAGUUUUAUAAAA